AUGCUGCUACGCCUGCUGCUGGCCUGGGCGGCCGUGGUGCCCGCGCUGGGCCAGGCUCCCGGGGCCGCUGAGCCCCGUGCCGCCUGCGGACCCAGCAGCUGCUACGCGCUCUUCCCGCGGCGCCGCACCUUCCUGGAAGCCUGGCGGGCCUGCCGCGAGCUGGGGGGCGACCUGGCCACGCCACGGACCCCCGAGGAGGCACGGCGGGUGGACAGCCUGGUGGGCGCGGGUCCCACCGGCCGGCUGCUGUGGAUUGGACUGCAGCGGCCGGCACGGCAGUGCCAGCCGCAGCGCCCCCUGCGCGGCUUCACAUGGACCACCGGAGACCAGGACACGGCUUUCACCAACUGGGCCUCGCCAGCCACCGGAGGGCCCUGCCCUGCCCAGCGCUGCGCCGCCCUGGAGGCAAGCGGUGAGCAUCGCUGGCUCGAAGGCUCGUGCACACUGGCCGUGGAUGGCUACCUAUGCCAGUUCGGUUUCGAGGGCGCUUGCCCUGCGUUGCCGGAGGAGGCAGGCCAGGCUGGCCCGGCGGUCUACACCACACCCUUCCACCUGGUCUCCACCGAGUUCAAGUGGCUGCCCUUCGGCUCCGUGGCUGCCGUGCAGUGCCUAGAGGGCAGGGGGGCCUCUCUGCUCUGUGUGAAGCGACCUGAGGGUGGCGUGGGCUGGUCGCGGGCUGGGCCCGUGUGCCCCGCGACUGGCUGCGGCCCGGACAAUGGGGGCUGUGAGCACGAGUGCGUGGAGGAAGAGGCUGGGCAAGUGUCCUGCCGCUGUUCCGAGGGCUUCCGACUGGCAGCGGAUGGGCGUAGCUGUGAGGACCCUUGCGCCCAGGACCCGUGUGAGCAACAGUGUGAGCCUGGUGGGCCACAGGGUUACAGCUGCCACUGUCGCCUGGGUUUCCGACCAGCUGAGGACGAGCCACACCGUUGCGUGGACACGGAUGAGUGCCAGAUUGCUGGCGUGUGCCAGCAGAUGUGUGUCAACUAUGUUGGUGGCUUCGAGUGCUACUGUAGCGAGGGCCACGAGCUUGAGGCAGAUGGGAUCAGCUGCAGUCCUGCAGGAGCCAUGGGUGCCAGGGCAUCACAGGACCUUGGGGACGACUUACUGGAUGACAGGGAAGAUGAGGAGGAUGAAGAUGAGGCUUGGGAGGCCUUCGAUGGCGACCCAGGGAUGCUGUGGAUGGAGCCUACCCAGCUGACUGACUUCGGCCUGGCCUACAGACCCAGUUUCCCGGAAGUCCAAGAGCCACAGAGGCCCUACCUGGAGCCCACCUGGCCACCCCCACUCAGUGCCCCUCGAGUCCCCUACCACUCUGCAGUGAUCUCUGUCACCCGGCCCAUGGUGAUCUCUGCCACGCGUCCCAUACCUCCUUCUGCUCACCAGCCUCCCCUCAUCUCUGCCACACGCCCAGCCUUGGCUUCCUCCCAUCAGCCCCCCAUCAUCUCUGCCAUGCACCCAGCUUUACCCCCUGACCACCAGUUCCCUGGAAUCCCAGCUAACUAUCCAGAUCUUCCCCCUGCCCAUCAGCCCCCCAUUAUCUCUGCCACUCAUCCAGCACAGCCCCCUGCUCACCACCCCCCAAUUAUCUCAGCUAAACAUCCUGAACGGUUCUCUGCCCACCAGUUCCCCACGGCCCAAGACACCCAAACUAACACCAAUUUGCCUCAAAUUCCAGCUAACCACGCUCCGAUGGUCACCACCCCCAGUGCCCAUGAACCCUCUCAAACCCCAGAUGUCCUGGUGCUCAGAGCCCAGACUACCCAGCUUCCCAUUACCCUAGCUUCCCAGCCCCUUCUGACCACUACCCCCAGGUUCCCUGUGCUCUCUGUGCCUGCUGCCAGCCAGCCCCCAGCCCUCCCUACUCCCCUACCCCCUCAAAGCCCCAUGAACCAGACCUUCUCCAGUAGCUCUAUACAUCCCCGUUCCAAACCGCCCCAAGUCCCAAGAGAAGGUGCCCCUGACCCCAAGAUUGCCCCAUGGCUGUCCUCAGCAGCCCCAACAGUAGCUCCAACAGCCCUGGGGGAAGCCAAUCUGGCAGGUCGAAGCCUAAGGGAUGACCGGUGGCUAUUAGUGGCACUACUUGUGCCAACAUGUGUCUUCUUGGUGGUCCUACUUGCACUGGGCAUUGUGUACUGCACCCGCUGUGGCCCCCAUGCGCCUAAUAAGCGUGUCACUGACUGCUAUCGCUGGGUUACCCAUGCUGGGGGCAAGAGCUCAAUGGAACCCUCACCCCCCCGGGGCAGCCUCUCAGGGGUGCAGACCUGCAGAACCAGCGUGUGA